AUGCAUGACUGCUGGGACGUCCCCAAGCCCUCCAUCUGGGCUGACCCAGGCCCCAUCAUCACCAAUGGGAGACCCGUGACCAUCUGGUGUCAGGGGUCUCUGCAGGCUAUUGCCUAUGUUCUGUAUAAAGAGAAGGACUCUGAGCCCUGGGAUACGAGGAUCCCACAGAUCUCCAGCAACAAGGCCGAUUUCCUCAUUGGAGCCACGACCUCAACCCAUGCAGGGCUGUACCAGUGUGCAUAUUACAGCACUGAGGACACACUCUCAGAGCUGAGUGAACCCCUGUUCUUGGUGGUGACAGGAAUGUACCCUGCACCCUCCCUCUCAGCUCAGCCAAGCCCUGUGGUGGCCUCAGGAGGGAACGUGUCCCUCUCCUGUAGCUCACAGUUCACAUCGGGCCCUUUCCUUCUGCUGAAGGAGGGAGGGGCUGACCCGCCCCGACACAUGGAAGCAGAACCCAGGAUGCACGCUGGGAGGUGGCGGGCCAUCUUCUCUCUAGACCUCGUGAGCCCGUCCCAUGGGGGGACCUACAGAUGCUAUGUUUCUCCCAGCUUCAACCCCAACGUGUGGUCACAGCCCAGUGCCCCUCUGCAUAUCGAGGUCACAGGUGUGCACAGGGAGCCUACCCUCUUGGCCCAGCCAGGCUCGCUGGUGCUGCCUGGACACAGCCUGACCCUCCAGUGCCACGCGGAGGCCGGCUUUGACACAUUCGCUCUGACCAAGGACGAGGGACUCACACACACCCAGCGCCUCGAUGGGCAGCGCAGCCCCGACUUCCCCCUGGGCCACGUGAACCGCACCCACGGAGGCCGGUACAGAUGCUACAGUGGACACCACCUCUCCUCUGUGUGGUCAGCCCCCAGCGCCCCCCUGGACAUCCUGGUAGCAGACUACAAAGUGGAGAAUCUCAUCCGGAUGGGCGUGGCUGGCUUGGUCUUGGUGGUCCUCGGGGUGCUGCUAUUUCAGGCUCCAAAGGACACCAGAAGGAUCCUCAAUGCAGCCAGGAUGUGA